AUGAUUAAACAAGUUCCGACGUAUGCAAAAUUUCUAAAGGACUUAUGCACUAUAAAAAGAGGGUUGAACGUGAGCAAGAAAGCCUUCUUGACUGAGCAAGUACGUUCCAUUAUAAAGUGUAAAUCCCUAGUAAAAUACAAAGAUUUGGGUUGCCCUACUAUCUCUGUGACGAUUGGAGGGGUGCCAUUGGAAAAAGUUUUGUUGGACUUGGGAGCAAGUGUAAACCUCCUACCAUACUCUGUCUACGAGCAAUUGGGGUUGGGGGAGUUGAAACCAACAUUAAUCACUCUAUCUCUAGUAGAUAGAUCUGUGAAAAUUCCAACAGGUAUAAUUGAAGAUGUCCUAGUCCAAAUUGACAAAUUCUACUACCUAGUAGAUUUUGUUGUCUUGGACACGGAUCCAAAUGCAAAAGAAACCAACUGUGUCCCUAUUAUACUUAGGAGACCAUUCCUAGCUACAUCAAAUGCCCUUAUCAAUUGUAGAAAUGGAAUGAUGCAACUCUCUUUUGGCAAUAUGACAAUGGAACUCAACAUCUUCUAUUUAUGCAAGAAACAAUUCCAUCCGGAAGAAGAAGAAGGACCAGAAGAGGUGUGUAUGAUUGAAAACCUAGUGGAGGAGUAUUUUGAUCAGAAAAUGCUAGAAGAAUUCAACGAGAGUCUUAAGGAUCUUGAUGAAGGGUCACCUGAACCCUCAGAAUUGCUUGCUACAUUUUACCCUUUGAAGAGGCGGGAAGAAAUUCUACCUCUAUUCAAUAGGGUGGAGACACAAGAAGCCAUUAAGGAGGAAAUCCCAAAGCUGAUUCUGAAGCCAUUACCCGCUGAGUUGAAAUAUGCAUACCUGGAAGAGAACAAGCAGAGCCCUGUUGUUAUUUCUUCAUUUCUUACCAUUACUUAG